UAAACAAGUGAUGUAACGUGACGGGCGGCGGGCGGCGGAGACUACCGGAGGACGGAACACAACAAAAUCAAAGCUGGAGACGUAGAGAGAAGACCAACUAAGGACUACAAGGGAAGGAAGGCCAAGGAGUAACGACCUGAGAAGCGAUACAAGGGGUCAAGAGGCCUACAGAAGAGGGUGGAGGGCGAGUGACCAGGGAGAGACAAGAUGAACCUCCUGGGCACAACACAAUUCCUCUGCCACAGUGCGCGGGGCAGGACACUGUGGCGCCUCUCACAGCACAGAGCGAGUCUCAACACUAACCAUAUGUGGGGCGAGAGGUACAUGUCGGCACUGAAAGUCUGUCAGUGGAGUUAUACAAAGGCUCAGGCAUCAGGGCAGUGCGGCAGGACAGUGUUACAUGGCCACAAGUUGACAACCACAGUGCUAUGUCCUCGUCACUUUACCUGCGGGCGUCUGUUGAUGGGCAGACAGGUGGAGGGGGGGGAGGGGGCCACGGGCAGGAGCCAGAGGUCCACCCUGUACUACAUAGCAGCUGCAGGGGUCCUGGCGCUGGGCCUGAGCUAUGCCGCGGUGCCGCUGUACAGGAUAUUCUGCCAGGCAUACAGCUACGGCGGCACCACCCAGGAGGGCCACGAUGCCGAGCGUGUGGGCAGCAUGGAGGCCGUGCGGGAGAGGAUCAUUAGGGUGCACUUCAAUGCCGACACCGCCGCCUCCAUGACCUGGAACUUCAGGCCGCAGCAGAACGUGAUUAAGGUCCACCCUGGAGAGACUGCCCUGGCCUUCUACACUGCCCGCAACCCCACUGACAAACCUGUCAUUGGGGUGUCCACGUACAAUGUUGUGCCAUUCGACGCCGGCCAGUACUUCAACAAGAUCCAGUGUUUCUGCUUUGAGGAACAGUUGCUCAACCCCCAUGAAGAGGUCCACAUGCCUGUCUUCUUCUACAUUGACCCAGAGUUUGCCGAGGACCCCAAGAUGGAGAACGUGGACAUCCUGACGCUCUCGUACACCUUCUUCGAGGCUCGUGAGGGACUCCAGCUGCCCAUCCCACAGUUUGCAAGAUAGAAGACUGAAGGAAAUCAGGGAGGGAAGAGUAUGAGUCGGGAGGAAGGCAGCCGCUGGUUUGCCCGUCAAUGUAAGGAAAAGGUUUUCAUUGUUGGGCUUCACGUGUGCUCAGUAAGGGUGGACAGGCCCAUUCAUGAGGCUGAGAGUUAAUUGAAGGGUUGCUUCCCUUGACCAGUGUUGUUUAGCCACCUCUACAUCUCUGGGCAGUCCCAGUGUGUUGUACACUCAGACACCAGCCUCUGGCCCACCUGGCUCCCCUCCCCUGGGUCUAUAAACAAAUGCAUAUUGCUACUCACACAGUCAAUAUAUGAUUGCCUUGCAUUAAACAGCGAGAUAAAAUACAUGAAAAAUAAAAGGCAAGCUUCCAUUGGUUCAAAACCUGUGUGUCUGUGUGUUUGUGUGUGUGGCUUGGGGACUGUGUCAGUGUGCUGCCGUCCACAAGAUGGGUCUGCAAAUCUCUAGUCCCCGACUCGGGUAGGUUUAAGAUUCUGGUGCUUGAGUGUACAACACAAACUUUGCCCUGGACACAGGCCAGGCUCACCAGGCAAGCGAGGGCAUUUUGGUAGUGUGCCUGUGGUUUCUCCACCUAUGGCAUCAUCUCCACUCGUGCCCGCCGCACUGCCCACCAUCCAAAUGUGUGUAUUAGCAUGGUGUUUAUGGUGUGUGGCCACAGUGUUUGCCCAUCAGGCAGUGCCAGAUAAGUGUGGACAGGGCCUCAGAGGUGACCCAAACCACCUUCUACAGACCUCCUCAGGGAUGCCGGGUAGUGGCACCUUCCUGCCUUUUGUAAAUAUGUGAACAUUAAUAACUUAAAUUAUUUUAACAUUGUAAAGAUGGUUGUAUCAGGUCAAGCUUUAUUUAAAACAAAGGUGUGAGUUGUACACACUUUAAAAAAGUAAAUGACUAAACUGGUAAAGUUGUUGAAGUGUAAAGUUAUGAAGGAUGCGUUCAGGUCUUGGCGCACAAAACCAUGUGUUGAGGCAGACCAGGACAGUGUGUUCCAUGUACAAAGUGAACAUUUUAUGAUUGUAAAAUACACAUUUGUUCAAACCAUUCUCUGUUCUUCCUCCACACAGACUAUGGGAGGAGAGGACACAGCCAAGUGUAAACACUUUUGUCCUUGGCCUCACAUCAGCCACAUGGCAAUAGUAGCAUUACAAGUGUGCUGCUGGCUCUACCUCCUUGUGAGGCAUAAAAGCUUUGUGCAGUCUUGGUAUCCUUACCAGUGAGCCGAGUGUUGUGUGUCCGAGGGUUGCCGCGCUGCGUGGAGCAAAGCAUUGUAUUGUUGGGGACUUGCUGCACCUCAAGGCUGCCGGUAUGCACAGUGUGGGGUAGUCAAGUGCUCCCCGGCCUUCACAAGGUGGCCUCAGGCAUCACUGUGCCAUAUUUCUUCUUUUCAGUCAUCUGUUUUAUGAUGUUUUUUUAUUGUUAUUUUAACUAAAGGGGAGGGCAGGGAGCCAUGUGCCUGUCUCUCACUCACUCAGUCUCCCGCUCUGCCCGGCCAAGAGAACAAAGAACACACGACACAAAUGGACAAAUGAAACUAUUUUUACACACCAUCUUUUAUCACACAUCAUCUACCAAUCCAUUCUCUUCCUCCACCAGCCUUGUUUAGCUUUCAUUCCACAUCUACUUUCAGCAAUCCAUUCUCUUCCACCAGCCCUUUUUAAUCUUCUUUCCCACAUCUUUUAGUAAUCCAUUCUCUCUUCCACCACCCUUGUUAAUCUUCUGUGCCACAUCUUUCAGCAAUCCAUCUUCCUCCAGCCUUUCUUACCUUCUCUCACAUCUUUCUACAAUCCAUUCUCCUCUUCCUCCAGCCUUUACCUACCAGCUCUCUCUCUCUCUCUCUCUCUCUCUCUCUCUCUCUCUCCAUUGACCUGUCCAACCCUGUAAGGAAAAAUACUGACAGCCAUGUACUCGGAAGAGCUGCGGAGGUGGAGGCGGAAGGAAGGAGACCAGCUGGAAGACUGGAGACCUGGAGACAGUGUGUGCAGGAAGACAUGAGAAUGAUGAACACCAGGGAGGAGAGUCUACCAUUGCCAAGAGUGGGGGAGACUCACAACCCUGCCAGCCUUAUAACACAAAGGACAGGAGGAUGAACACCAGGGAGGAGAGUCUACCAUUGCCAAGAGUGGGGGAGACUCACAACCCUGCCAGCCCCAUAACACAAAGGACAGGAGGAUGAACACCAGGGAGGAGAGUCUACCAUUGCCAAGAGUGGGGGAGACUCACAACCCUGCCAGCCCCAUAACACAAAGGACAGGAGGAUGAACACCAGGGAGGAGAGUCUACCGUCGCCAAGAGUGGGAGACUCGUGGCCUGUUCAGCCUCACAAGGGGAAAUAAAGGUGUUGAACAAAGAAGAAUAAAGAAGAGCCUCUCCCUCCCGCCCAGCACCGGUGAAGGGAACAAAGAACACAGCGAAGCAUUUUGAACCGUUUACUUCCCUCACACAGGGUCGGGGGAGCGGGUGUGUUGGUGCGUCAUGCAACACUCCCUCGCCUCCGCGGCACAACAACAAAACAACACCGUCAUUACUCUAACCUUACACAAAAUAUACAGGCUAUGGAGGGGGAGCAAGGAGGGAGAGGGGGGUGGGGGGUAUCUCCAAGGGUAUAUAUUUAUUUAUAUAUGUAUAUGCUUUAUUUAUAAGACCAUGUGCUUAAGACCACUAUUAAUCCUCACUCAUCGCUAUCGUUUGUGUUGCGGUAAUUCUAUUCACACAGUUUGGUAAUGGAAGACAGACAGGACUUUUUAUCACUCUGUGUCAAGCGUUGGCUGGUGGGGGAGGUCAGUCACUGGGGGGCAGUCAGGUCUCAUCAUGCAGGGUCAAAACUAUGAACGAUUGCAAACAGAAAUAUUGACUCAGUGAACUCUAGAAUUCGUCUCUGUGAGGGCGUGAGUGGCAGAGGUAGGACACGUGGAUUUACGGACAAGACGAAGAUAAAGAUUGGGACAAAGGAAGACCUGUUCACUUGUCUCAUUCUUUGUUUUGAGUCUCCGUGGUGCAGAAAGUCGCAUCACUUGUGGUCAACUUAGUGUAGUAUUGCACUAGUCAGCUCAGUAGCCCCUCCAAAGAGUAGGAAGAAGUGAUCUUUGCUGCAAGGAACUGAGUCAUAAGUUUAGAGUACAGUGGAGGAAGUAGAAGGGAGGAGACCAGCUGGAGGACCAAAGAAGACCUGGAGACAGUGUGUGGAGGAAGGCAUUAGAAGGAGGAACACCAGGGAGUCUACCAUCAUCAAGAAUGGGAGAGACUCAUAGCCCCGCCAACUCCAUAAGGAAAAAUAAGGACAGUAAAUGAGAAGAACAGAAGUGGAUCUAUACCUUUGUCCAAAACUAUGACUGUUGGAGGUCACUCAUCCCACACAGCACUGAGCAACACAGCUAGUGGCGGCCUGGGAACCUCACAUCACUCUGCCUGGGUGCCUCUCACUACCCUGAACCAAAGACUAGUGUGUAAAAAUUGGAAAAAGGUCACCUACUCCCUGCCACUAUGUUAGGUCAUGGCUGAUGUCUGUCUUGUGGUGUGUCUGUUCUGACCUCUCUUGUCCUUCCAGUACCUACCGACAGGCUCCUUCCUGCCCUUUUCUGCAUGGUCAGGGGUCCUAAGAGAUGAGGUGAGGAGGCAGAGCAAGCACACCUACAGGAGGGAGCCCUGAGCCAAUAGUGUCAAUGAGCAGUAGGUUAAAUUCUCCGUCACCAGUCAGAAGGUUACUGCGGGUGAAAUAGCAAAGUUUAUCUAAAGUGAAUGUUUGCUGCUCGGCACACCCCAUUCACAUUGGCACCCACAGCAGAAUACAUCUUUAGUCAACUGAGCGGACAUAUAAAAAUAAAGUGAUUGAAAUGAAGCCUGAUUAUGAAGCUAAGAUUAUCAUUUUUGCUACCUAGAUCAGUUUCCUUCUGGGUAAUGAAUGUUGACUCAGCCAAACUUUACCUAUAUUAACGGCCUCAUCGUAAGUCACAUACGUUGCAACUCGAGGACUACCUGUAUUCCAUGUUUACAAGCCAAUCAGUUUCCUUGUGGGUGAUAAACAGAAGGGUGUGCGUGACUGGCAGACAACUCCUCCUCCCUGUUAUGCUUUACGCUUUAGGAGCAGCAAGUAGCGGGCUUUUUUUUAUUAUUGUUUCCUUUUUUGUGUGCCCUUGAGCUGUUUCCUUUGUUGUAAAAAAAAAAAAAACACUUGCACUGCCUCUUCACUCACCUCCAGCAUGGGUCACUCUCUCUCCUUCCCUCCAGCCACUAUAGUCUGUUCACUUAAGUCCGACCCAAGCUGACAACAUAAACCUAAGUGUGUUUGCAAGCUGAGUGCUGAUUGGCUACUGCAAUGGCUUCCAAGUUUUCUUUAGCCUCUGUUUGUGUUUAUCUCACGGAGCACUUUCUGAUAAUCUGCACCGUGCUUACGAACAUGCUUAGGUUUAUGUUGUCAGCUUGGAUCAGACUUAAGUGAACAGACUAUAGUCACUCCUACACACACACACACGCACACACCUUUCAUUCAGGAACCAAACAGCGACCUACCACCAUUUUCUGAGACAUCCUUCCUAGUCUUACUUUAGUGUAUGUCUACUAUGCUCAGACACACCAACUCUUCCUUAGCCAACAGUGUAACAGUACUCAAUCCAUAGCUUAUUGCACUACCUAGGUCUCAAUUCUUAAGGGUUAACUAACUAUUAUUAUUUCUGCGACUAACACACCUACCCUUCCCUAGCCAACAGCGUAACAGUAGUCAAUCUAUAGCUUAAUGCACUACCUAGGUUCCAGUUCUUAAGUUAUCAGGCAAGUAUUAUUAUUCCUGGUACUAAUACUCCUACCAUUCUCCGAGACACACCUACCCUUCCCUAGCCAACAGUGUUAACAUCAAUCAGUCCACAGCUUCCAUCACACUACCCAGGUCUCAGUUCUUAGGAGUUAUCAAGCAAGUAUUGUUAAUCCUGUCAUCAAUGGAGCACCCGGGAAAGUCCUAUCAUCUCAUGUCAUCAAUGUAGCGCCCGGGAAAGUCCUAUCAUCUGUUUGUAUUAUAUUAACUAGGAGACUAUACUCUGGCUGGUAGGGCUUUUACAGACACCAAACACAAUACAGCCUCCUAGUUGAAAUAAUACAAGCUGUGAUAAUAUAUAACUGUGGCUGGCUGGACUUUUUCGAGCACCUCACCGAGAGUCUUCCAGUAGUGGCCUGUGCCCCAAACACUCCUAUGUCACUCUCCCUAAACUUAGUGUGAAAUAAUUCUUGCUGCCGACAGUGUGACCGUGGCUGUGCUGCUUCUGCCUCCUCCACACUGCCCAGUCAUCAGGUUGUGUGCAAGGUAUCCUCAACACAUUAUCUCGUCUAGCACUUUGUUUUUUGCCAGUAUACAAGUUGAAUAAAAAACUCAUGAGUGCCAGAUCUUCUCUUGUCCAGUAGCCAGGUUUUCCAACAUUUCAACACUCAGUCACAUCAAAACCUCGUCUCAACAGUGUUUCCGUGACCAAAAAGGAUUAGCUGGUUUCUGCUUUUGUCUUAUAUUAAAAGUUCUCUACAUAAACCACUAGUUACUCUCUUCUAGGUGUGUGCAGUUAGGGGCUCAUUAUUACAGAGUCCAACCAUCAACUCCCGCUGGGCAUCUCUUAGCAGCUACACAAAGGCUCACUGGUAUAAUGUAACAUUUUUCUCUGGCACCAACGAGCUGCCAGAUGUGAGACUUUACUGUAUAGAGUCCAACCAUCAACUCCUGCCGGGCAUCUCUUAGCAGCUACACAAAGGCUUCCUCACUGGUAUAAUUGUAACAUUCUUCUCUGGCACAAAAGAGUUGACAAAUGUGAGACUUUACUGUAUAGAGUCCAACCAUCUCUUAGCAGCUACACAAAGGCUUCAUCACUGGUAUAAAUUGUAACAUUCAUCCAUUCCCUUACACUAGUUACUAAUCUAAGACACUUCACCAUACAGAGGUCUGACAGUACACUACACUUACUUGCUAUAAUGUACAUAUGCUACACAGAAACUCAACAGAAGACACAGCAGUGCAAAUCUUAACUCUUGACAGUGUUAUUUAUGCAGUACGGUCGAGGCUUCAAACGAGAACUCAAAAGAUGGAGUUUAGGUGUUCAAGUCGUGGCGGCGUGGCUGAUACACGACGCUGAGGACAAGUUGUGAGUUUAUUCAGCCUAAGGUGAGAACGAGCCACGUGAGAAGCUCCUCCCUACUGGUGACGGAGGAAGGACAUUGCCACUCCCUUGCUGGUGAUUGGUUGACAGCAAAUCCCGCAGAGAGAGAGACAGACAGAUGGAGAGAGAGAGAGACAGAGAGACACAGACAAAUGCAGAAAGAGAGACAGACAGAGACAAAUGCAGAGAGACAGACAGACAGAGAAAGCUAGACAAAGAGAGAGACAGAUAGAUAGACAAAUACAGAGAGAGAGAGAGAGACAGACAGACUGAGAGAAAGAGUAUAGACAAAGAGAGAGAGAGAGAGAGAGAGAGAGAGAGAGAGAGAGAGAGAACCAACAACUAUCUACCCCACUGCUCAUCCCCAGGUUAACUAAGGGUAGUGUACAGCACCUCCCUCACUUCCCCAACCGGCCUGUCCCACACAUCCAGGCCACGGGCGGGACUUCUAACUUGUUCUCACCUUGGGCCGAAUAGAGUACAGCAUCCUGGCGUCCCUAAUGAGCACGGCUGCCACUAUUAUGCUACUUGACCAACCACAGCGCCGGACAACACAUCUUCUUGCCCUUCAAACAUGUGGCGGUUCAUUGUACAGUGUUGCCAAAUGUCCAGAAACGUGACGGCUCAUUGUACAGUGCUGCCAAAUGUGCAGAAACGUGACGGCUCAUUGUACAGUGCUGCCAAAUGUGCAGAAACGUGACGGCUCAUUGUACAGUGUUGCCAAAUGUGCAGAAACGUGACGGCUCAUUGUACAGUGCUGCCAAAUGUGCAGAAACGUGACGGCUCAUUGUACAGUGUUGCCAAAUGUGCCAGAACGUGACACCUCAUUAUACAGUGUUACCAAAUGUCCUGAAACGUGACGGCUCAUUAUACAGUGUUGCCAAAUGUGCCGGAACGUGACGGCUCAUUGUACAGGGUGUUGCCAGCAGAGGUGGGCACGGUACUGAAAAAUCAGAAGUGUGGUUGCAGUAGUGCGGUACUUUUUCCGGAGUAGUGCGGUUGCGGUAGUGCGGUCCAAUUUUUUUCUUUCCCAGUGUGGUACACGGUGUGCGGUACUGCGGUAGUCAAAAUAAAAAAUGCCUCAGUGCAUAUCCUGGCUAUCCAAACAAAGGAAACAUGCUUAAAAUAGUACAAUGAAAAAUCUGACGGGUCCGGGGUUGAAAUGGCCGGCACCGCGCGGGUUAAAGAAAACUCGCAGUGUAGUAGUUUAGUCUGUCUGUUUAGUAUUUCGUUUUGAACAAUAACUGAAAAGUCAGAAUGAUUUAAUCACUGAUUCUGAUGACUGAUACCGAUUGACUGAUUGAGUCCAAUUCACUGAAAAAAAAUAAUAAAUAAA